AUGUCUGCUGAUGAUUUUAAGCCCGAGAAGUGGACUUCAAGCGCCAACGAAGCCUUGAAAGUUUCCAUAGUUGGAGAAAACGCUGUCCAAUUCUCACCAUUAUUUACGUAUCCAAUCUAUGGCGACUCAGAAAAGAUAUACGGCUACAAGGACCUCGUCAUCCACCUAGCAUUCGAUUCGAUAACAUUCAAGCCUUAUGUCAAUGUUAAGUACUCAGCAAAAUUAAAGGAUGAUGAGGUUGUGGACGUACAAGAAAAGUUACUCUCUUUUCUACCACAGAAUGAUGUAAUUGUUAGGGAUGAAGCCAAAUGGGUGGAUUGUUUUACGGAAGAACGAAAAAUACAUGACUUACCUGAUAGCUUUAAAAAGGUAUCAGAAUAUUCUUUGAAUGGGGAAGAGUAUGUUAUAUAUAAAACGAGUUUGAUUGACGAUUUUGUCAGGAAGAUGCAUCGUCGUGUUCAAAUCUUCUCAAUACUUUUUAUCGAAGCUGCAAAUUAUAUAGACGAAACUGACUCAAAUUGGGAAGUGUUUUGGUUAUUGAACAAGAAAUCAAAAAAGUUGGUUGGUUUUGUCACUACUUACAGGUACUGGCAUUACCUAGGGGGACAAUCCUUUGAUGAGAAUAUAGACCAAAAAUUUAGGGCUAAAAUAUCUCAAUUUCUUAUCUUUCCACCUUAUCAAGAUAAAGGGCACGGAUCCUGUCUUUAUGAUGCUAUAGUCCAGUCUUGGUUGUUGAACAAAAACAUUACUGAAAUAACUGUAGAGGAUCCCAACGAAGCGUUUGACGAUCUUCGUGACAGGAACGAUCUCCAAAGGCUACGAAAAAUGGGUUUUGAUACUAUUUUACAGAAAAACUCGCAGCUUUCUGAUAAGGCUUUGGAAUCAAGUCGUAAAUCUUUUAAGUUGGAAGAAAGACAGUUUAAUCGCCUUUUAGAAAUGCUACUUUUAUCCAACAAUUCUCCACUCUUUGAAUUGAGGGUGAAAAAACGGCUCUUCAUCAAGAAUUAUGAUGCCCUCAACCAAACUGACCCGGAUGAGGCAAAAGAAGCUUUACAAAACUCAUUUGAGCUGGUUAAAGAUGAUUAUAGGCGUAUUAUAGAAUCGAUAAAUACUUCUGAAGUUUAG